ACGCCCUGCGGUGUCGGCGGUGGCGUGCGCGCGACCACCCACACUGGCGCCCAAUUUCGGAGCGCCUCCGACCCCCGUAUCACUGCUCAGCGCGCUCGCCUCGUAUCCAAUUGGCUCGUCAUGCCCCCCGCGUGACGACACUGCUAAAAGAGCAACUUGCGCUCUUCCUCUGACCUCACUCACCUCACCGUUCGUCGGUCCUGAAUCCUGAUCAACCACCCGCCCGCCCUCCUCUUUUUCGUGCCCCUCUCUCGGGCUGAUUGAUCUGCCUGUCCUGCGCGUGCUGUCCUUGUCUUCUGCCAACACCAUGCCCGUCCUUCACGUCUUCAAAUUUAUUCUGCGCGGCGAUACGCCUCAGUCAGAGGCGGACCGCGUCUGCAGCGGCUUCCUCGAGCUCCAGACUCGGUGUAAGAAGGAUAACAAGCCUUACAUCACCUCCAUGAAGGGUGGCAGACAAAUCUCGGAUGCCAACUCAAAGACGCCUUCACUCCAGUAUGUCUUUGUUUGCGAGUUCAAGAGCGAGCGGGACCUAGCAUACUUCAUGAAGGAAGACCCUACACAUCGUGCCUAUGCAAGCACCUUGAAGCCACAUGCCGCCGAGAUCCAGGGCAUGGAGUUCGGUGUAGGCAAGUUCUGAGUUGACCACGAACACCUUGAACGUCUUCCCGCUAUUUGUAUAUACCCGUUGGGCUGCCGGCGUCGCAUUUUGUCUCCCCAGUGUAUCCUACACCACGGACUCUGUACAGUACAUGCAUUCCCUUGUACGUCUGCUGUAUUACCUCUGGAAAUGGAGCUGCUGUCCUCUUCGC